CCCUCGUCCGACGGUAGCGUCUCGCGCCACCGCCGCAUCCCGCACCGUUGUCCGCAGUGCGGCGCGGUGCAACCAGUGGAGGCAAAAUCGGCUCAAAAACAACGCCCGAGCGCGAGAGGUUGGUGCAGAGCGUGCAAUGCAGCUGAUCCACUCUCGCACUACAAUG